AUGUUUGGAAGAAAAAAGAAACCCUCUCAGGAAAAAGAAGGACGAAAGAAAAACGAUCUUUCCAAUUUGGUACUAUACCUUUCUCUUAUUGAGUGACAAAAUAAUGCGAUCAAUUUAUGUAAAUAUCGCACUGAAUUUUGAAUAUAUAAUUUAUAACCUUGACACAAGCUUAAAUUUGUUCCUUGUUUAACUUGUAAAUGAAAAUUAGAUGAAGCUCAUGAAACAAAUUUUGAAAAAUUUAUCCUUGUUUGAUCUUGUAUAACUGCAUACGAAGAUGUGGUUUUAAAUUCAUGUCAUUUGUUUGUUUGGUAUAAGAAUGUUUUAAUAUUAUUAUCUGACAUUUGUUGUAACUUCAGCUUGGGCUUGAUAUCAGUCCAGAAGACAUGGCUGAUUUGGGUAUUGGUGGUAUAGGAAUUGAUGGUGAUGAUGACGAUGAUGAGGAUGAUGAAAGCCUGGAAGCUGAGCUGGCAGCCCUGCAAGGAGAAUCACAACCAAGAGCAAAAAAGAAACGUAUGUUUGGGCCCAGGAAUUGUAAAAAAUUGACUGCGACAUAUAUAUACCAGUUUAUAAAUGACAGUGUUUAAAGCUAAAAAGCUUAUGGGGUUGUUUCCUUUUCAGGGCAUUGCCAAGUCUCUAGCCUGGGACUAGGCUCCAUAGUCAGGGAAAAGGCCAAAAACAGGGUGAAAACAAAAAACAAAAAAAAUGGGCGGGCAAAGCAAGCCGAGGAGUGGACUGGAGAGGGGGGAAGGGCGACAGAGCCUGGAAACAUGCCUCUGGUGCUGCCAUCCCAUAAAAGCAGCUCGAUCUGAUUGGUCAAAUGUCUAAUGUUGACAGAUUUGCGAUACUGUCAACAGUAUUCGGGAAAGUGCGUUUUCAAACAGUAAACAUGAAUUUUGAGCAACCAAUACCAAUUUCUUUGUGAGACUUUUUGCAUAUCCCUUGGCUCCAAGAAGAGCAAAAAAUAUGUGGUCUGUUGCAAAAAGAAAAAGAAGCUUAUCAUAUAUUGAGGUUGUUUUAUACUCUCCUGUGAUAAACUACAGUCACAUUUACAAGGCGAUUGAGUUAUAAACCAACAUUCAAAAGGCACAGCAUUAUAAUCAUGUUCCCACCAAAGGCAUGCUAAACACCAAAAAAUAGUGGAUACAUGUAAAGAAUGCAUGUUACGUAAAGCCAAACCUUGUGCUCUGAGAUUGCAUAAACUACAACUGUGCAAAGAUAACAGCGGUUAUGGAAAAUGAUUACUUUUACAUGAUUCUGAGCAGACGUAUCUUAUAAAACGGACAGCAAAUUCAACAGAAAUGUGAAUAGUCUGUCGUAUAAGAUGCUUAACUUACACAUUUUUCCUCCGCUAAGAUAAACUGUACUCAUCCAUAUUGUCUGGUACAUAAUAACUUGCAAUCAGGUGGUCCUUCUUCCCUUUUGUUUGGAAGACGAAAGGAAAAGCACACCCGAUACAUUUACUCAACGAGUCAUCUGCCGGUAGUCCAGAGUCUGGACUUUUGUCCAAUUGGUCGAAAAAUGAAAGAACCUUUGGAGCCCCACGCUGAUUUUUUGCAAGCAGCAUAUCUAAUUUCCAGUGCAAUUAGUCUGUCUCUUCAUGACAGAAAUCAUGAGAUGAUCAAAGAAUUCAUUUAGCAGCAAGCUUUAGGGAUAUCUUUGGGGAUCUAUUUGGCUUUUCAUCACCAGUCAAACACGGCGCAUUUUCCUCUGAAAUGUCUUUAUUGCAAUCUAUUUUAUGUGGGCACAUUAAAAUAUUUUUUCACAAAAGUGACUUAUACACUCAUGCUGCAUUUUGCAGCAAUAAAAGUGAAGAAACAUCUGUGAUGAGAACUUGAUGUGUUGACAUUUCAAUGUCAGGUUAAUUGCUGGAGGGUGGAUUAGUGGACUAUCAAAGGCAUGUCUCCAGGCUCCUCUACCAUUACUCUUUUCCAGAUUCCUGCUCGCCAUCUGAUUUUUCUUUUUGGUCUUUUUAGCCUACUGCGGAGCUUGGUCCCAGACUACCAACUGACCAAAAGUGAUCAUAAAAGAACUUUAAAUUACUCAAUAACAUCUUAUAAUAAUAUUAUUACCAAUGAAACUGAAAAAAAUAUCAAAAUAAAUGGAGAAUGGAAUCAAUCAGUUAUCGGGUGGACACUCUACCCACUGAGCUAUGGGUACCACAUAUGGUGAACAGGUCACUUGGACACUUGACUUUGCAUUUUGCAAGUACAGUGGAGACUUACCAAAGCCAAGCUCUAUAUUACGCACAUCAUGCAAGCACAUUUGUUGGUAGCUUGCAUGCUAUAAUAAUUUACUGAUAGUAAUUAAAAUUUAUGACAUGCCUUUUCCUUGCAAAUUUGAUCAAAAGUGUGUUACAAUGCUUUAAAUGUUAAAAGCAAAAUAAAAGCUCAAAUGUAUUUAAUAAUUAAAACUAAAAGAAAGUAAAUAACACUUAAAAUACAUUCAAAAGCAAGUCUAAAAAGAUGCAUUUUAAGUAACGAUUUUUUUAAAAAACAUUCAAAAGUUUGAAAGAGUAGAUGGUAAACACCAGUGGCCUCGAGUACGAACCAUGUGGAAUAUCAUUAUAAGGAAGCCUAAGACUAUCAGAUAUGCAGCCAUUUAGAGGGAGUCGUUGCAACCUGUUAUUAAGAUAAGACGUAAAGCAAUUCAGGGCAGUUGCAUUAAUACAACAUGUACCGAUACUUGACUUAAGUCGAGUAAGCAGGAUAUUUUGGUCAACAGAGCCGUAUACUACAUUUAUUAAAAUCUAUAAGAACUAGAAAAGUUACGUGCUUGCAGGUGAUAUUAAUAGUAAUUCUGGACCUUCAGUGGCGCUGUUUCUGUACUAUGAACCUUUUCGUAAGCGGAUUUUAAUAAUAAUAAUAAUGGGUCUUUAUUUCACACACAAAAAAGAUACAUAUAUCCUAUGUUACAACUGUUUAUGAAUACCGUAAAAUGUAAUAAAAUAAAUAAACUAAUCAUAGAAUCCUAACUAUCCUUUACUAAGGUUGUGUUUAAUAUUAGUCUAUUUACAAAGGCAGACAUGAAAUGCUCAGUAAUAAUUUUAGGAUGGGAGCAUUGUUUUUUACGGAGAUUAAUAUAAGUUACAACAAACUUUCUUUGAAGGAAUAUAUAGAGCUAGCAGGUGAUUAUUUGUAGAAGUUACUUUCGUAAAAAUUUUACAGUCUUGCUUCUUUAAUAGAUCCUUAAUUGAAACGGGGUGAGAAAUAAAACAGUGUUUAUGAUAUUUAUCUAAAAAGUUCUAUAUAAUAUUAAGAUCAGGUUCAGAAGCUCCAUAUACGGGUAAACCAUAAAUAAUAUGAGACAAAACCAAGGAAGUGAACAAGUGAUCUAUUUCAGCUUGUGAAUAUUGCUCUUUAGAGAGUUGGAUAAAGGGCAAAUCCAGUCAUACGACUGUGAAUUUGAUCAAAAACAGCACUGUCUGUCAGUAUUGAUAUAAAGUGUAAGUUGCUGACAGGGAGGAGGUUAUACACAUUAUGACUCAUCCAUAGAUUAGUUACUGGAAUGUUGUGGGUUUGAUUCCUGCUGAGGGGCAAGGAAUUUUUCUUAGUAUUUCUUUGUGUAUGUUGCAGUUAAUUUUUAUUUCAGUUAAUUUUUGUUUUUCCUUUGUUUUAAAUUCAUUAGUAUACAUUACCAUACCCAAAAAUAAAAAUUAAGUGAAACUACAUGUACGUCAAAAUCUACUUUAGUUUCACAGCAUUUGCUGGUUGGUUGGCUGAUUCACUAAAUUGUCAAUCAGUUAGUCGAAUCAAACCAUAUUUAUACCAUAUUUUUUCGAAUAAGCGCCCAACCCCAAAUUAGCACCCACCUCAAAUAAGCACCCAUCCUAAAGGCAGAAAAAGUUAAUAAGCACCCAGCCUGAAAUAAGCACCCACCACCACCCCAUCCCCUUCCCCCUCCCAACCCCCCACUAAAAAAAAAUUGAAUAAGUACUAAUAAGAGACUUCCCCGAAGAUGGAGUAAUCUUCAGAGUAUUUUAUCGAAACCUUGUUUUGUUACAUCUUCACAUUUUGUUAUUACCAGUUAUUGUUUUGUUGCAAAAUAAACAUACUACUCUUGCUGAAGAUGGUGAAAAUUUAAUAAGUGUCCAGCCUCGAAUAAACGCCCACUCUCAAGGUCCAAAAUUUUAAUAAGCCCCCUGGGCAAUUAAUUGAACAAAUAUGAUAAUAGAUAACUAUUAGUAGACACAAGAUUUAGGCUUGAAGCAGCAUAUAAAAGUAACCUGUAUAAAGUCACCAUAAUAUUGAUAUUAAGGUACAAGUUACGAUCUAAAAUCAAACCUCAUGGUUGAGAAUUAUUAAAAAUUGUCUAGAGGAGACUAUUGACAGUGAAAUAUAAUAAUGGUAGUACAUUGUCUUUUCUGUUUGUUGCCUGCAGUUUUCUAAGAAAUUCUGCAGAAAAAGAUGUUUAUUAGAAUGUUAUUGUAAAAAAUGGUUGACAACAUAACUUGCCUGCGGCUUGUGAUUCCACUCGAGUUUGAACAUUUUAAAGUAAUUUCUGUGAUACAAAAUAAUCAGAGUGUACAGUCAAUGGGAAAUUGAUGCCAGGCUAGAGUAAUGCACUGGCGACCUGUCAAUAAAUAGAUAGCACCAACUUGAGAAUUGUAGACCCCUUGGCCUUUAAGCAACUAUUAAACAUAAUAGAAACAUAGCCACAUUUGUUGUAAUAGGAUCAGGAGGGAGACGUGCAGCUGAUCUUGAUGAUGAUGAUAUCACUGAUAAUGAUGAGGAUGAUGAAGACCUUGAAAACAACACUGAACUUUUGGUAAGGUUCUUACAAAAUUUUAUUAGUGCUAGAUGGCCUUUGAUGGUAUUUAACUUUUUGAUUUGUGUCUUGUUAAGAGUUUUAUAUUACAUGUUUUGUUCCAUUUCAGUAAAGUGUUAAACCGUUAACACUAAAAGAAAGCACACCUAGUUGUAAAGAAUGUAAAGAAAUGGUUGAGUACUAUUAUCUCAUACAUGUUCAUGGACAUAAAAGAACUCUCUGAGUGUGCUUGUAAUACAAGUAACUUGAUUGUUGCCUUUAGGUUACAGUUUUAAGCAAAAAAGACAACAGCUAUGCAACCCCAGAAAAGGGGGGGCUGGCAGGUGCUAUGCCUUGCCCAAUUUUUGAUUAACAUUAUUGACAUCUGCUGUAUCUUUACAGGCUGAGCUGCAGUGCAUUGCACCAGGGGAAGAUGGCUCUGAACGGCAGGAUCCAACACCAGUCUUAUUGCCAACUCCUAGCAGCAACACUCAACAGGUUUUUUAAUACAAAAAAUACAAAAAAACAUUUUUUUAACUGUUUUUUUUGUAUUUUGUUUCACUAAAAGCAUCAGUGUUAUGGUAAUAAAGGAAGGGGAAGUACUAAGUACUGUGGAAUACAAUGUUCUUUUAUUUUUUUCCCUUCAUUUUUCUUUACAUUUUUUUUUGUUCAGGAGACCAAAGAGAGUUCAUCUGACUUAAACAUAUUACUAGAAAGGGAGAAAAUGUAUAAGCAGGCUAUUGAAAAUGCAAACAAGGCUGGUGAGGGAAGUAAGGCGAGAAGAUAUGGCCGAGGACUCAAGGUGCAGUACACAAAAAUUCCUUACAUUAUGUAAACCCCAAGCCUGGGUUAAUGAAUUUUUACAAGAGAAGAAUUAACUUUUAUCUCCUUCUUACCUUCACCUUCGCCUAUCCUCUUCAUGCCACUUGGAACAUAAGGCCUCCAUGCCCAGAGUGUUUCUACAUUUCUUGGAUACAGUGUAUAGUUGCUAUGGUUGUCACUUAAUCCAAUGAUUGCCACCUUACGUCCCUUCUUCCUUUUUCAACUGUGUGCCUCCAGGUGGUCUUUGGUCUUCCUCUUCUUCUUUUUCCUUCUGGUGCCCCGUUUUGGUUCAUAGUACAAUCAUAUAUAUGUCUGAUCAUCUUUCAUCUUCGCUUCUUCCCCUAUCUGCUGUUUUUGGUAGCUCUUCAGUGCUGACACAGUCCUGCCACUGGACCAUGCUGGUAUUCUUUCAUCUUCUGCCCCGCCAUCAUCACCCUUUAUUUGUUUUCCAUGUUUCACACCCAUACAGCAAGACUGGGGCUACCAGUGUUUUGUACAGCUUCAGGUUUGUUCUUCUCGAGAUGUUUUUGGAGCACCAGAUCCUCUUUAAUGUAGAAAAUGCACCCCUAGUUGUAAGAGUCUGUUUUUCAGGUCUUUUAUACCACCUCUCUCCUAUCUCCCAAAUCAGUGAACUCAUUUACUUCUUCUAUUCCUUGUCCAGCUAUAAAAAUCAUUUCCUGGUUCUUUGCAUUAAUUAUCAUUAACUUUUGUCUUUGCCAUGUUGAUUGUGAAUCCCACUUGUCUGGCUUUUAUCUUUAUCCACUCUUGCUGUUUCAUUUAUAUCUUGAAUCUGCUGUUUGGUACUACAUCAUGUGCAAAGUCUAGGUUGUCUAGUUUAGAUGUGAAUUUCAGUUUUCUACCUGAUACCAUUCACGCCAUGACAAAGUCCUCUUCAGCUUGGCUGAUUAAAAAAGAAAUUCAAUUGAACUAGAGGUUAAAAAAUUGUAAGUAUAAUGCUGUACGUGAGCAGAUGCUGACAAAGUAAAACAUCAUCAGGCAUAGCAACAAUAAACUGACAUACAUCUAAACAUUUUGAUAAAUGUUACAGACCUUGUUAUUUGGUCGAUUAAUAAUUUAAUAUUAUCCUACUUUUUGAUUGGCUAUCCAAGCAGAAGAGAUUGGCCUGUCCUGCGUGCUCUGAAUCUCCUGCUUUGUCCAGCAAGAAAACAUUUUGUUUUGGCCACAAUGUAAACCCUUUAUCUAGCAAGCUUGUUUGGUCAAGAUCUCUGGAUAUAUUGGCCAAGUGCUUUUUGCAUUAUUUUUCAUUGACCUUAACUUUGUCUCGGUCUGUAAAGGGCAAAAAAGAAACUGACCUAUACAGACCAACAACCUUGACGUAACUCUUGGUCAGUAAUAAUACAGUGUUUAUAAACUGUAGUUAUUAGUGUUUUUGUUUUCUGUUUUAUUUUGUUUUAUUAGUUUCUCUGCCCUGAUUACAAAAUAAUUUAAAAACCCACAUUGAUAUUUUGUCAACACACCUCUCUGCAGCUGUAGAUUUUCAUUUAUACCUUGUUCUGUAGGAAAUAGAACAGAUGAUAAAACAGGCCAGAGCUGGAAAAGCUGUUGACAUAGAUGCUCUUCUUCCACCAGUCCUCACUGGAACUGCAGUAAAGCCAUCAGUUUCUGACUCCUCUCAACAAGCUCAGACUGUACCAGUAAAGGAGGAAUUGGGUUCAACCAACAAGCCUGCUAAACCCUCGGGGGAGGGUAAUAUACUUGGUAAUGUACAAACAAAUCGUAAGGAAAGUUUUUUUGUUUGGUUGAUAGUUGACAGAUUUAAGAGAUGUUACAUUGAGCCUACACUACUGUUUUACGUGCAUUGUUUUGAUGUCCUGUGAAUUUGGUUCUAUGCUGGUAGUCUGAAAACAGUUCCCAAUACGUAGAUUUUUUUAAAUAGACAAGGUUCAGGAGUUCAUAUACCAUUGGUUAAGUAAGCAUAAAUUAAAGGUCCUUUUGUUAUACGUGUUGCCAUGUUCCCACCAAUUGCACAGCUCCACCAUUCAACUUAUAAGACUUACACAGCUCACUCCCUGGAUUUGCUCUGACAAAGGGCUGGCUCAUAAGAUCAAAUUAUUUUGAAUUGAUUAUUUGUACUUUUCACUCACGCACCUAUAUGGCACAACAGUUUCUUUUGAAUGUAAACCAUUUAUUUAUUUAAUUAUUUAUAAGAACUUUUUUUGCCUCUUAGGAACUAGUGAUCAGCAAUCUCAGGAAGCCAAGGUAUUUAAAAUGUUGCACCCUUCCUUCAGUCCUUCUCAUGAACGUGACAUUCUUAAACAUAUGAUUCUCAGUAUUAGGACAACAUUUUUGUGUAUAUUGGAGGGUGCUGCUGUUGUUCUGUUCAGCUCUGCUUUAACCUAUAUUUUAAAUUCUUUAUGAAUGGUUGUGGGGUAAAAGUUCUUUUUUCUUGAUGUGCUUUCACUGUCAGCUUUCUGCAGCUGAGAAGAGUAAAACCCUGGAGCUUUUUACAACGAGACGAAAUGAAUACAGAAUAGCCGCAUUGACUUGCAAGAAACAUGGAGACAUCCAGCAGGCAAAACAGUUUUUAGCAGUUUCAAAGGUGAAAGAGUGAACAAUUACCCUUUUCUUGAAUAGUUAUUGUGAGUUUUUCUUGCAUUCCUUGUAGUCCUUAUUACACAUUUCUGUGAUUAAAAAUUUGUAAUCAUUUUUUUGUUUUACACUUAUUUGUAGAAAAUAGAUUCAGCCAUUGAAAUGCUAGGAAGAGAUGAGCCAGUGGACAGUUCACAGCUUCCACCAGUGCCAUCUGUUCCCAGGACAAAUGAAAUCUCAGGUAACUUGAAAGUUAUAAAUCUAGCAUAGUUCAGAAGAAAAAAGCCUUAAAUUUAGCCAGACAGGCCUCUUUUGUGUGUUACCUGCUGUAAUUCUUCCUCUCAAGUAAGCACACAUCUUUUUGCAUAAGUAUUCAGGACAUGAAGCAUCAUAAUUUCUGUUUACCUUUAAAGGUGAGACUCCAAUUCCCACACAACAGGCCGUCCCCCCUCAAGCUGAAGGACAGUCAUCUACAGCAAGCGAAGCUCAGUCUGCAGGAGGGCCUCCACCUCCUCCAAAGGAUGUCAUGGAAGCUCUGCAGCAGAGGUUGGACAAAUAUCAGAGUGCAACUGACCAGGCAAAGAAAGAAGGAAAUUCCAGCAAGGCACGCAGGAUGGGACGCAUUGUUAAGGUGAGAAGAAUAAUCGGAAUUGCAAAAUUUUACAAAAAACAACCUUUAUUACAAGCAAAAUAGGAAAUUCAAUGCAUGGGGUUUUCUGUACAUUGAGUUGUCUCUCUAAAAUAAUUAGUUGUUUCCAUUUCGCAGUUUUUUCUAUAUCUUCAUUUUUGUUAUCAUGAGAAACUGUAUAAUUUGUAUGAAUUUUACAUGUAUGUUUUUUGCUCAAUUUUCCUUAUCACACAACAACAUUGCUUAAUUCUGUUCUAGAACAUCAAAGUUUUAACACUGAAUGUUCACUUUUUCUAGCUUUUUUUCUAUUUCGUUGUUAUUUGAUAUUCUCUCCUUUUAUAAAAAAUUAUAGCAAUAUCAAGAUGCCGUUAAAAACCAUAAAGCAGGAAAACCAGUGGCAUUUGAAGAACUACCAACACCUCCAGGAUACGCACCCAUCCCGGGCGUUGCUGCUUCUGAUGAUACAUCUGAAGACAUCCCUCCUGCUUCUCAGGCAAGAUAUAAUGUCCAUACUAUUGAGUUUAUUACCUUGUGUUUUGCAACGAACGUUGUCCAGAAUUCUUCUCUAAUGCUGAUUUGUUUAGCGGAAGUACAAAGCUUAAGUUCAAGUUUGCAUAAUUGGCAUUUUUUCGCUAAAACAAAGAAGAUUAUAGCGUGGUUGUGGCAUUCUUUUUUUGUUACUUAUGUUACUUACAGAAACAAAUCCUAAGUUAUUGAACUUCUGUGACUUCUCUUGUACAAGAGGCUCAAGGGGGGCGUGACUAACUUUUGUAAAGAAGGCUCUGAAUAAUCUUAUUUGAGUAAACUUUACUCUUUAUUGAAUUCGCCAAGGUGACUCAACACGGUAGCAGGGGAUGAAACAGGACUUACGUUCCAAUUGUUAUCAACCCCUUCAUUACCCAACUAGCCCAUGAAAGGCUGUACCACACCGCGGGGGGUCUACGCCCCCUACUCUUUACGAACAGCAGUCUGGGUUCUUUUAUGCCCCACAAGAAUCAGAACAGUGAAAGAGCUGUGAGACGGGGCCUACGGUUUCUCGUCCUUAUCCAAGAAGACUGGAAUGUCUAACCGUUUGUAGUUGUCACAACAAAGAUAGCACAUUCUCCUCAGUUAUUUUAAGACCCUGAAUGUUGGUCUUGUUGGGAUUUGAACCCGCGAACUCCCGCUCGGUAGACCAGCGCCUAUCCAACUGAGCUAACCGGCUGGGCCCGGAGGGGGUUAGGUUACAAGCAAAGUUACAGGCAAGUUUCAACCAUGACCUAGCCAUGUUUAUUUUCUUAACUGAGAUUACACAUUGCAGGAAGAACUUGUUCAAAAAUAUUGAGAUUUGAACAAACCGCAAUUUUAAAAGAAAAAUUUUAAAACUUUCAAUUCGCUGCCAUUCAAGCACACUAUUAAUAAUCUCUCAGAAGCUCAGGUACUCUGACGUUAAUUUAGGAAUAGUGACAUAAAUAACGGUCAUGUAAAUUAAGAUGCAAGUGAAUAAGUGUGGAAGAGCCCGAGUCCCGUCUUCGCCAUCUUGUUCCACCGACUCGAUCGCAGGCGCACGGCCACUCCCUUCACAACAAAGACGGACCAUCCCUUAUAAGUUGCAAAACUGAACGCUUUAAACGAAGCUUGACGCCUGAGUUGACUGUGCUCUGAUCUGUUUCAAAGCACGCACGAAGCAGCUAGAGCGCGAAAGACGUGUAGAGAGAAAUAUGAUCGAGACGUAGUCGAGUGUUACCCCUACGUGCAAGGCUUCUAUUUUUAUUUUAUGAUAAAGAAUCAGUUUCUUUCUCAUUUUCAAAACAGUUUUUACCUCCCUGUUUUAUACUCUCAUAAAGCUCGCUUUUUCAGCCAAUCAGAGUGCACGUUAUAUCUAAAUUUACAGCGGGGCCAUGUUAUGGAAUAACUUGCCAAAAAGCUUAAAAAAUGCUGCAUUCGUUGAGCAUUUUAAGCGAAAUAUCAAGAAGGUAGCUGAUAUAUCGGAUUCCCAGGCGGCAAUCAUGUAAAGCAGUUGUAAUUAGUUUUAGUUUUGAAGUUAAGCUUAACUGAUGAUUUCCCGUGUUUAAAUAAAGAUUUACAUACACACAGACAACAAAACAAAAAAUCCAAAACCAAUCGCAUUGUGGACUUGGCUUCCUGCAUCAUAUCAAUAACACUGAUUAAAUAAAAGAAGUUAACUCUGGUCAGGUUUUUUUUUUUUUUUUUUUUUUUUUUUUUGGGGGGGGGGGGGGCCUUGCAGUCAUGCGGUGGGCCCAGUAGAAGGGAAGCAUGAGGUGACUGUGAGAUGUUUAUUUAAUUAGUUUGAUUUUAUGGGUUUUUAAUUCAUUAGAUUUGUAUGCGUGCCUUUUGUUUAUUAUUUUUUUUUCUUUUUAGGGGGGGGGAGGACACAGUUCGAUAUAACGUGCUCAGUGAUUUGUUGAAAAAGCGAGCUUUAUGAGAGUAUAAAACAGGGAGGUGUUAGAAAUUACAAAGUAACGGAUUCUUUAUCGUCUCGUAUUUCCCCCUAUACUUCUUUCGCGCUCUAACUACUUCGUGAGAUGUAGGUAAAGAAAAUACUGUAGACUAAAGUUUUUGAUCAGUACACUAAGUGUUACUUACUCUAGAUUAAAUUAACCUUAAUACAGUAACCCUUUUAGUCAACUGCUUGGACAGUCAGGUCUACCAUGCUGAAAAUCAUUGGAUCCAACAUUUGUUAUGCAAUGUGUGCAUUCAAACAGAUCCCGAAUAUGAAUGUUGGUAUUUGAACUUUCAAGUACGUGUAUGUACAAUGAAAUAAUUUCUACCAAGUCUUACAUCCAACUGUUUUGUGUUUGGACAGUUUUCUGAACCACCUCAAGCACCUGUUAGUCCUCCUACUGGUGUUGUAGCCGCUGCUCCUGCUGCUGCUGCUGCUUCUGUGAGUACUGCACGUCAACCCGCCUUUCAAGCUGCAUCAUCCAUGAGGAAAUCUCCUGGCCGUAAUGAACAGCAGCUCAAUUAUCUGCUGGAGAGACAAAAGGAAUUCAAGCAGGCAGCUUUGAAGUCAAAACAGCAAGGGGAUCUGGAAGGUGCUAAGAACUAUCUACGGAUGAGCAAGGUCAGUUAGUUUACGCUUGUAUUGCAAGCAGUUUCUCAAACAUGUGAUGAAAGUUUUUCAAAAGUUACAAGGACUGAAUAAGUUUAAAAGAAAACUUUCCUUGGUACAAUGUUAGCUGAAUCAGUUUGAUUAUAUGUCAGGCAAUAAAGCUGUCAUAUACGUCAUUCUAGACACAUGCAGUAGUCGUUCGUAUCAAUUUCAGACACCUAACUAGAAAUUUUCAUGUGACAUACAUAUAGUCUUUGUUUUUCAGGGUCUUGAUCGGAUGAUCUUGAAUGCACAGAAUGGACUAAGAGUCGACUUAGGAUCGGUAAUGAAGCAAAUGUUCGUUUUUGAAUUUUUAUGAUAUUCUUGCCUGUUGUUUUUAUCGUCAGGCAUUCAUGCGGUACUAUUUCGUUUCAUGUUUUCUUAUUUUGUUUUUCCUUCCUAAGGUGCCUCCAUCACCUUUUGUAGCUGCUAGACCUGCACCAACAAGUGAGCUCAGCUUUGAGAUGGUGGAAGCACAAGACUGUGAUCCAACCCCACGGACCCCUGAAGAAACCUCAGAACUUUUUUCUCGUCUGGAGGAUGCCCUUAUUAAACAAAUCGAGGUGAAUUCUGGAGCAUUGACUGUGGAGUAAAUUUUAUCGGCGGUUCAACAUAAGAAAUAGGACAAAAAAUAUUUUUUAACACCAACAAUUUGUUGAAAGUUUAGCAGAGUUUCGGAACCCAUCCGGAUCCCUUUACUGAUCAGUUUGGCCACCAUUUUAUCCAAGUCAGGAUUUCGGAACCCAUCCGGAUGCCUUUAUCUGUUAUUUGCUGGUAUUAGUAAACGACCUGUGAAAAUGAUCUCACUCAUUUAGUACGUCAUACUGUUGAGAUUUGAUGUCCAUGCCUAACAAAGGCUUGUAAAUUAUACCAUUGUUCCUCAUUUUGAAGCACAGGUAAAUUCUUAAUGUAUUAUGUAUGGUUUGAUUUAUGUCAUAAGUCUUUGAAUUCACAGAUGUGUGCAAGAAAUGCAGAACACUACCGAAAACUAGGAGAUAUAACCAACACUAAAAAGUAAGUCAAGAUUUUUUCAGAUCGUUUCCUCUAGAUCCACCGUUUAGUUAAACGCAGAGUGUCUUAGUGAGUUAAGAUUGGUUCGAUGGCAAUUAAAAUCUAAGUCAGGGCCUCUUGUUUUUUUGUUAAAUGUUUUUGUUUGUUUGUUUUUCUGUUUCCAUCCACUUUGUCCCUCUCUCUACUGUGCACCCUAGUGUUAAUUAUUUGCUAUAUAAACCACAAGGGAAACUUGGCAGACUGCAGUAGGUGAUUCACGGUGGUGAUACUGCUGUUGGGGUUCAGUGUGGGAAUGAUGGUGGUCAUGAUGGUGAUGGUAAUUAUAGUAGUUACAGUGUACAACAGAAUACUAAUUUAUUGCCUAAGGCUCGGUAAACAUUGGCAGUUGGUUGAAUGACUGUUACUUAAAGCAAGUAUGUUAAUUUUGAGUUGAACAACAGAGAUAAAAUAUAAACUCAAGCUUCUAAGUUUAAUCCAAAGACCUCCCUGUGCGAUUUUUUCAAACAACCAUUUUUUUCAAUUAUUUUUCGAAGCUUUGAAACCAUGUCAAAGAAUUUACGUCUGGACCAUGAUGCUGUUCAGAGUGCAAGGAAACACAAGGAUCCUCCACCAAGAUUUCAUUAUGAAGAUCGGUCAUUCACCAUUGUUGAGUGAGUAACAGAUAUACUUGUUACCUAUAACGGGACGAAAGUUCAUGUAAUACUUUCUGCACAAAAUGACGAUGUGAACAUUGGUUUCUUUAUUUUAUAGUUCCUUCCCGGAUCUAAGUGACUCGGAGGUGGAAAUUAACAUUGUGAGAGGGCUCAAUAUCCCCCUGCCUUCUGGUAGGCCAUGAUAUUUGUUAUUCUGUCUGAUAAUAUGUGUAUUUCUUUGAGUUUCGCGCCUUGUGUCUUGUAUAAGUUGAGUACCCUUCCAUCGUUUUUCUUCUUUUUCAAACAGGUUAUCAACCGAAAGACAUGUACACUUAUGUAUCUUACGAAUUUCCAUAUCCGAGUGUAAGUAUUUAAAACACCAACCGCUAUCCGGCAUAAAGAAGUAACGAGCUAUUUUCUUUCAAUUGUAGUUCCGCGUACGUUAUGAGAUGAAACGACAUCCAGAAGUAAUCAUAAUGUGUUAUGGUUAUUUCAGACAAGUUUGUUGGCGGUACAUGCGCAUCCGCGUCAAAUUUGUUUUAGUGGACCUUUUUCUUUCCUUAUAAGGUGUCAGCAAAAUCAUUCAGCUUUUAGAAAUCUUACUGCAAUGCAAUCAGCUUGGCUGGCCGUCCCUACCAGGCUGUGUUAACGGCUAAUUGAUAUGUUGUGUUACCAGGCGGAUGAACCACAGACAGGCAGAACACAAACUGUUAAGCACUCGAUAAAUCCAGGUAAGCUAUGAAAAUUGAUUAUUCACCUCGUCAGCUGGAAUGAAGAUAUUUUACAUAAGAAAUAAAGAGUUUGUUCGAGAAAUUUUGUCCUCUUCGUUUAUUUCUUUGUAGAAUACAAUGAAGUUUUUAAAGUUAACAUAGAUAGGAAAAAUCGGUCGUUAGGACGCAUAUUCAAGAGGCAGCCAGUCAAAUUUGAGGUGAAAUAUGAAAGGUAAGUAUUUGCAGUGAUCAUGAUGUUGUAGUGUUGUACUGUAUAUGUUACAGGUCAAAUUUGAUUUCAGGUUAAAUUCUUCUCAUUCCCUUUGUCUCUUAGGGCUAGGAGACAAAGGAAUUGAGAAUCAACCUAAGUUAAAUCAAAUUUAACCUGAAAUCAAAUUUGACCUGUAACAUAUACAAUAAAUCUCGUAAGUUAACUUGUCAAAACUCCAUGCUACCUGUAACAACGUCUUGGGAAACAUUUUUUUGCUUUUACACUUUAAAAAUUAUAUAUUCAGUUGAGAGAAGCAACGAACUGUUCUUUGAAAAAGAAUGAAAGAAAACAAACAAAUCAUUGUUUUGAAAGCUGUUUAGAAAGUUCACACUGACUCCAAAGCUCCCGAUAACGACCACAAGAAUGUGCUGCUCGAUAUUCUGAAGGAUAUUCAUACCGACACAGAAUUAUGAGAAACCCCUCUAAACAGCAUGAUAAACAGUACCAACGAACUUUUUCUUUUUUCUAUACUUAUUUAAGUAUUGUUAGGACAGUCUCAGAUAUACAAAACCUCUCUCUCAUCUAUCUUGUCAUAUUGAACGUUACAGUAGGUAUUCACUGCUCAAUAGCUGGCAUUUAAAUGUUCAUAGCUAAGGAUUUCUACAAACAAAGGUUAUAGCAACAUUACACCACACAGUAGUAGUACUUGAAAGGCUUUCCAUUAGUUCAAUUAAGAACUCCAAUCAGUAUAGGGUGUACCCUCAGUCAGAUCAUUGGCUGACAAAGCAAUACAGGUAGAGUUGUUGUUGAUAGUAAAGGAAAACGGAGAUGCUGCUGUUGUUAUUUUUCCAGGGGAUUCCUAAAAGGUGACAAGGCUUUAGGACAAGUGCAGGUCAAGCUGAGCUCUUUCGAGAACAAGUGUGAAAUCCAUGACUGUCUAGAUGUAAGGAGCGUUCUCUAAUUUUUAAAAGCAAGCCUUUAGCUUUUUCUGGUGUUGACUACUUUUGAGCACAUAGUAUUUCAGCUGAAAGUCUGCUCACAAAAAAACUUAUUACCUACUUAACGUCGUUACUGCGGUUUUGGGAUAAUUCACAACGGAAAGUGGUAAAAAUGAAAAUGGCUUGCUCUCAAAUGUUUCACGUUCACCUUAGUCACUUCUCACAUAUUGCCCUGCUUUCUCCCCAGUUAACUCCCCAACUUCCUGUUUCUUGCCCUGAAAGCCCCUCUCAAAAUUAUAUUUCGUAAAACCAUAAGCGGUGUAUCGCACAGCAAACCUUUUCGGUCAAUGGUUCUGUUAAUCGGGCACAAUUAUUGUAAAAUCAUCAUAUGUGUAAGUGACAUAUGUUUGAACAGGGAACGAAAGUGGAACUCUCAUUGGGAUAAAGGCAGGACAGUUGUAAAAGUGUUCUAACUCCGGUGGAACUUAAAUGAUUUUGGGUUGCUUUGCAUUUAGCUUAUGGACACCGAUCGCGGACGCAAAGCUGUUGGAGGAAAACUUGAAGUUCAUAUGAGAAUCAGAGAACCACUUGUGGACAAAGACGUGAAAGUUGAAAAAUGGAAAUGGCUAGUGAUUGAUGUUCAUCUUACCUCUAAAAGGGUUGGUUUACUUAAGAAAUUCCUCAUCUUUCGAUGCUGUUGCAGUUAAAUUAAGUAAAUAGUCAGGUGAAACAAAUACUGAUUGUUAGAACGUACUUCCGAGACAGUGAAACAUUUUAAAACUGAAACUGAGACAACCUUGUCCUAGGCAGCCAGCUACGCGUUAUUCGGCAUUAACAUUUUUGUUUAUUGUAAUAACAACGAUUAGCUGUAAAGUGCCGGAUCGGUCGGCCACUUAGAUGCUCCACUCUCGUACGAAUGCGUCACUGAUCACUUUGUUUUCAGUAACUAGCUCGUUAAUCUGCCGUGACGCGUCAAACUUGAUUGCGAGAAGCAAUUUGUUUUUGCAAGUAUAUGUUACAGGUCAUGGUCUCCGCUAUAAACUGAAUAAUAUGGUAGCUACACUCAUGUCAUUACAUUUGAUCAUUUUUCUCUCUCUUUUAUUGUAUUUACAGACAGCUACUGUACCCAGGGUAGGUAUCUGAUCUCUAGCAAAUUAAUGCAUGCUCAAGGUCUUAAGAAACUCCCACAAGCCUGCCGCACAGUGGAUUAACUUGGCUAUUUGACAUCUGACAUUUCUUGGAAAAAUUGAGAAAAAGAAAACGGUGCGCUGUGAGCUACAGUCACACGAACUAGCACCUUUUUUGUCCUUUAAUGUUUCUAUCAUAUUUGUACGAUUGUCCUCAGUAAUGUCCUCUGUUCCUUAAAGAAAUCUAAAUUUUUAAAUCGAUGUCAGUGAAUUUCCUGUGUAAACCCGCGCAGUUUUAGACACCAAGAGAUGGACCUUGUUAUCGGUGUAAUUAAUCUGUUCUUUUAUGUCUUUGUCUUGUUUUAGGAACCUGUGAAAGUAUCACCAAAGCCUGGCAAAGUUACAAGAGGACCAGAGUAAGGAGCUGCUUUACAUAUCUUUUUUUAAGGUUUUAGUCACCGAAGAAUGAGCCUUAUGUCAAAACUCCAGGGUCAGAGACAUUGAAAAGUUAAAAAAAAGAAAAUGAAAAAACGAAAACAAUCCAAAUACGCAAAAGACAAGAUAUGCUGGCAAAUUAUCUUGCUGGUUUGAUUUUCGCCCUAAAAUUUCCACCAAAAAGGCAAGUACCAGGACCAGUUCAAUAGUGUAGACAGUCUCUGUUAGUUUCUUUGUCUGUUAGUUCUCGAAAAGAAGCGUUUUCCCUUAGUUAAAUCUGGCUUUAUUUAUAUUUCAACUACUUUCCUUGCUGUGGCGGGAUCCUUCGUUUUUUUAUUAUCGACUUUGUAAGCAAUGACAGUGCCUCUUCCGAAUCCAUCUUCUCAAUCGUCCCAAUCUUUCCCAGAAUCCAGGUGAUCGAGUUGAUCAGGAGGAUUACAUCAGGCUUUACUGUGACCUCCAACUCACUACCUUAUAUGGUAACCAGGUUGUAUCGUGACCUUCCACUCACUGCCUUAUAUGGUAACCAGGUUGUAUCGUGACCUAGCACUUACUGCCUUAUAUGGUAACCAGGCUUUUGUGUGAUGGCUUCCACUCAUUACCUUAUAUGGUAACAGGGCUUUACUGUGACUUAUGACUCACUGAGUGCCUUAUAUGGUAACCGGGCCUUGGUGUGACCUUUUCCUGAUAUGAGCAUACCGGCUUGAUGCCAGACACAUGCUAUGUUGAUAUGAAUUGUCCUUCUCUAGUGGUUUUCGAAACUGAAAUACCCAUUCUACAUAGCCAAGACAGUAUCAAGCAAGUACACUCCACGGGCGCACCGUAUUAUACAAACACUACAUACUGUCACAGCUCACACAUGCGCACUAUCGUCCCUUUCCGGGUUUGUUUAGGAUUGAAUUGACUGAGGUGUGACAUAUCUGGCGGGUAAAACAAUUAGUUUGAAGUUUUUUUUAAAAGUCUGUCCUAUCCUGAAUGUUAUAACGCUUUUGUGCCAGCACUGCUUUUACCUUUUGAACUUGAUGAAAGCUGUUUGUUUCAGUGAAGUUUUGUAUUUUGGGGACAAACUUUAUUGCGCUAUCAAUCCUGACAAUAAAAUUAAAGCAACUGCAAAUUCAAUUUUGUUUUUUUGCUGCCUAGGAUGCUCUAGCUAAACCGUUAAAUCCCGUUUUGCUUGUUAGUAAAUGGAAGGCCUUUCUUGUGGUACUCGAUCCAACAUUGUUUUGGAUAUGGUACAUUUUGUAGCUUUAAUUUGAUAUCUUUUUGUGGAGUCUAAUAAACGUUGCUUGAGUAUUGCACACACUCAAAAGUUAGAAUCAUCUUGUACUGCAUGAUAGAUAGUGCUAAGAUAAAAAAAACCGUUUUAUUAGCUGUGGAUAUAUUAUUUAUUAUAUGAUUCAUUUAAAACUCACAAAACCAGGUGUAAUUCCAAUAUGGAAAGAGUGAAAUAUAAGUUCCUUCUCCUCGUGACAGUACAAGUCAGUUCUCAGUUCUCUCACUUUCCUGUGCACUAACUGGUUUUGAGAGUGAUAAUUAAGUCCUUUUGUUUCACUCGAUUCAUUUUUCUCCUCUUCUUCUCUUUCGUUCUUAGCGCCAAAUCAUCUGUUUGUUCUGUCACGUGACCAGUUAGUGGCCAAUAGGAUGAAGGAAUGAAGAUCAUCAGACUGAGAAGUUAAAUCGUAGUUUUCUAAAUGAACAUAAAACAUGAAUAUAGCGUGCAAAAUAAUCAGCACUUUGAUGGUCACACUAUUAUAUGAACCGUUAUGUGUCUUUCUUUCGUUCAUGAAAAGUCCUCAUAUUGCCAAAGACUUACACAAAUUACAGGCUUGUAAAAGGUGUCAUCUAGGAGGCCAAGAAAUAUUUGGCUAUAAUUACAUUAUCUUGGGACCAUUGAAUGAUAGAGGAAAACAAGCUGUAAGAUUUGUAUAGGUUGUUUUUCGGCUUUUUGGUCUAUCAAUGAGGCGGUUUAAUAUACGUUUGUUUUGUCUUAAAACAAAUGUCAACCUGUAAAAGUAGGAUUGGUGCACGAAAAAGUCAUGGGCUGAUGGCGUUUUUAGAGAUUAUGAAUUGCAGCUGGUACUGCUUUUGUAUUUUUUAUAAAAUUGUAAAUAAUAGGCUGGUCCUUCGUUCCGUUUUCAAAUUGUAAUCGUGAACGGCUUGUUUGUGGUUUUGUGGGUUCGUGCUUUUUGUGUAAAUUAGACUGUCUAUUCUGCAAAAGUGUCUUCACAAAAUGUCCCAAAAAUUCCAUUUUAAAAAGUGGUAAUAUAUGAUUUUAAUAAUUGAGACCACUCAGACUUAAAGUAUUGACCUUCUUUAAUUUAAGUAGCUCUGGUCUCAAGAUCAUCUCGAAGCUCCUUGAGAAAACAAAAAUAUGUCAUUAUUAAACACCGUAGAGGUUCAGGUAACAUACUUUAUUCAUGUAGUGAUAGAUUAUUAAAUGAAAUCUUUUUGUAGAAGAAUGAUUGUAAAUUUUUUUAACAUUUUCCACGUUGACGAUAAAAAUAUUAAACUGGGUUCCUAAAUUUCCACGUGUGGAACUAGGAUUUAUUUCUUCACUCCAUCAUAUUCUGUAAAAAAUUUAAAGAACAAUUAAGUGUGUGUAUUGAUUUUAUUGAGUGCAUCAGCAGUGUGAUACUCAACUUUGAUGAUCACUGCUGGAAUUGUAGCUGUUGUCCCGCUGUUUUUAAGACUACGCCCCUCCGUUUUAGCCCAUGCAGGCAUCGAUCGGAUGAUCUUUGAGUGCCGCUUCAUCUUGUUAGGCCUCACUGCUCUUCCUCGAGAUAACCACUAGCCGUCUGACUUUUGUCUCUGUGUUUUUUACUAUCGUAUAAAUGCAUCUCGAAAUAGGCCCUUGCAGGCGCUGUCUGUCAAAUUAUCACUUUUCAUUUUCCAAAAAAGGGCAAACGAAAAAUGUCCCUUUCCCUUUUGAGUGACGUCUAGUAACAACAUUGAUUAGUUGUCUUGAGGGAAAGUGGGGAUGAAGCUUGACUUUAUCUGAACCAUAGAAUUAUCAGUAAGUCUUUUCUAGGGUAGUUAGCGAGGUGUUGGAAAAUCAGGCCCGAGUUGUUUUAAUUUAGGACAGCAUUAAUGAUUAUUCACCAGAUAAAUUUCUGUCCGGUAAAUAAGUAUAAUGGAAACCAGUUUAAUACUGAUUUAAUGAGUGGUUUUGAACAACUGGAGUCUGCUUGGUAUCGUAAAGUUUCUGGCCCUUCGGCCAUAGGUAAUUUUAGAACAAAAUAUGAGGGGGAGCCGGGGCCUAAUCCUCGUUAUAAAUACCAUACCAUAGCAUACCAUACCAUACCAUACCAUAGCAUACCAUACCAUACCAUACCAUACCAUACCAUAGCAUACCAUACCAUACCAUACCAUACCAUAGCAUACCAUACCAUACCAUACCAUACCAUAGCAUACCAUAGCAUACCAUACCAUACCAUAGCAUACCAUACCAUACCAUACCAUAGCAUACCAUACCAUACCAUAGCAUACCAUAGCAUAGCAUACCAUACCAUACCAUACCAUAGCAUACCAUACCAUAGCAUACCAUACCAUACCAUACCAUACCAUACCAUAGCAUACCAUACCAUACCUUAUCGUAGCAUACCGUACCGUACCGUACCUUAUCCUCCACCCAACAACCAGGCAAAGCCAGUUAUUCGAAGGCCGGUUAGCGCUAACCCAGGGUUAAAUUAUAAUCCGAAUUUUAUUUUCUUUUAUUCAAAAGCAUCUUUUUCUUUUAGAGAAAAAGAAUUUCACUGAAUUUGCCUUUCAAGCCCUCAUAUCCUCAACCCAGCUUUGAACAACCCGGCCCUCAGUGCUCCAGCCGUAGUGUGCGCGAAGGAGCAAAGGCGCAUUAAACGGCGCGUUAUCCAGCCUUCUGUAAAUUCUACCAGUAAAGCUUAUCCAAGCCUAACCUUUAUCAAUAUUGUUUAACUUUUGUUUCUUUUCUUUGCUGUUAAUUCAGCACUCAGAUGGAGACUAUCAGUUUGGAAGUAUUAAAACUGGAGAAACAGAUGGCUGAAAAACAGGUGUCUUAAUAUUUUGAAAAUUACAGCUGCGAUUCCUACUUCAGAAAGUUGAUUUAUGAUAUUCUUCGUUAAUAAUUUGUGAGACACAAGGACUACCCUGUCCUAUCAGUCAAAAUCAAUCUGUCAAUCAUUUAUUUUGUGAAAAAUUCGUUCAUAAACGGAAUGUGUAUAACUAAAAUAUAUAAUAUUUACAUCGUUAUCUACCUAGAGUGUAUAUAUGUUGUCCUAUUUACAAGCAAACGUAUCCAUAUGAAAGGCUGCACGAUACAAGAAUCAUAAAUAUUUCCAAAAAUUAUAUUUACGAAUUUUGUUCUUAAAAUUAAUUCUUUCUAUCCCAUCGCCAGAAGCUUUCAAAAUAGAUUCCUCAUAGAAUUUUCGAUAGACUGCGUUAAAACUGUGAAAGGUUUGAGCCCAGGAGUCAUUUCAUAUAUAGGUUGAGUAUGAUGGUCCGAGAGUUGUCCAAUACACUCGCACUGUAACGGUCCGUAUUAUUCAUGUUACGAUCCCUACGGAUCGUGUGAACUGAAAAACCUUCAUACAGCCUGUAAAGGGGUGGUUACGGUCCGUAACUUGCCUCAGGGGCACCCAACGAGAAUAUAGUUCAAAACCACUUAAACACAGCAUUGUUAAACGUAUUUUAGUAUUUAAACGGUAGAUAUAGGCAUAUUUUUAUCCCCUCAAAAUGUUUCAUCUGUUCGGAUUUCCUAGCUGAAAGUCUCGAGAUCCGAAAAUCAUAGGGAUCAAAACUUACCUUUUCGAACAUUUCAGCCAGAAAAAAGGCUCCCGAAAAUUCUAGGUGAGCUUUUUAGGGUAAAAAUCCGUUAAAAAUGGGCAAUAACACCAAUUUUUAGAUGUUCCUAGGAGAGGUAGGCAAGCAAGAAAUUUUAUAAAAAAUGUUCCGAAAAUUCUAGAUCUCAAAUCGUCUUCCGAACAGAUAUUUUCCGAAAAUUGACGUUGGGUGCCUCUGUUGCAUCUCUUAGUGGGGCUUAGAAUAUUUAUAUUAAUAUUUUUCUGACAGUUUAGCCGUGAUUUUAUUGGCUAUGAACACUCAUAAUGUCAUUGGUGCGUUUCGAUCCGUCUAUUGUAAACAGUCGUUUAUUGUUAGUCAAAUUGUCGGUUGUCCAGUCAUUCUCUAGUAGUUAGUUUUGUUUGAGUCCUUCAAAAUAAGUCGUUUGUACGGUGCCGGUAACUGUUGACUACAGCGCGGACUUUGUUCGACGAAACAUUCACAGUAGCCUUGUAUGGCUAUAUUGAUACUUAUACUAGUUUUGUUAAGAGAUUAAGUCACGGUCUUACUCGACGAUCCCAAUCUAGUGAUACAAAGUACUUGGAAACGCCCUUUUGUAAAUCAGUUACUUAUUAAUCCCUGUGACUUUCUCAACAUCAAGAUUUUUCAGACCAGAAUGACUUCUUUGUACAAUGACAAGUUAGCAAAUGUUUUUGACCCCGAUAAACCGUGUUUAUGGGGACUACCAGCCUACUUAUAUCGGUGAAACCGGCAGAAACGUUAGUACGCGACUGACUGAACACAAAUGAGCGACAAAAAAUGGUGACGUCAACAAUCACAUCACUGAACACCUUUUACACACGAAACGUCAAAUCGACUGGGAUUCUGCCACAUGUAUUACGUAUUCUACAGACUACUAUCAACGACUCACUUUAGAAAGUUGAUUUACUAACUUUGAAUAAAGGCCACUGAAUCAUGGUCAACAGUUACCGGCACCGUACAAACGACUUAUUGACUACGAGAUAAUGCCUGGACAACCGACAAUUUUACUAACAAUAAAGGACUGUUAAACCGUGAAAAUAAACUGAUCGAAAAGCACCAAUGACAUUACGAGUCUUCAUAGCCAAUAACGUCACGGCUAAACUGACAGACGACCAAUAACAUCGCGACUUAAUUUACCAAUCAGGGGCCGGUUGCUCGAAGCCUGGUUUGCGCUAACCGUUGCUUAAGAGGUAUCAAAAUGUAUAGGUUUCCAUGGUAUUUAACGCUGGUUACCACUAACCAUGCUUCCAGCAACCCGGGCCAGAUCAGUAACCAAAGUUCAAUACUAUCAACUGACGUGAUACAACUCACUUUGACUCUGAAGCUGACCACCGCACAGGUUGUCGAAACGUCAGUCACUGUCAACAACAACAGUCCUAUUCAGGACUACGUUCACCCGGACGAUCAUACUCAACUUACGUAGAUUGCAUUAGUUGUUCACAAGACCUUAUAAAAUUUGGUCUAAACCGAGUUCUUGUAAAUGGCAUUGUGAAGAAACUAUAGAAUAAAAUCCUCGUUUGUUUGAGGUGACAUUUUGUUCCUGACGUAGGCAGAAGUAAAGUUUGUUUUUGAUCGUAAUCCUUACUGACGUGUAACGUCUGGAUUUUGACCUUUUUGUUCCAUCAAUUGGAAGGGGACGCAGGAAAUAUCACACUGCUGUUGGAAAAAAAUUAGGGGAGGUACCACACCCUGAUAUUGUGGCCGGCCGGUCGGUCAGGCUGUUCACAAAAUCAAGGGUGUGGGAGGGUGAGUUCACAGAUGAUCUGGGUCUUCAUUGUUGACGUCCCGUCUCUGAAAAUAAUUAUGCUGUAAUGUAGACUCUUUGUUGAUUACUUAUUCAUCUUUUUAUGGGAUAACCAAGUUUAUUAAAAUGUUGUUGUCGUUUUUGUUUUAAUCGUGUAUAGAUAGCUGUUCAAAAGUCCAAAGGUGAAGUUCCCUCUCCAGCCCUCCUACAACGCUGUAAACUAUGCCAGCAAAAGAUAGUCGAGAUGGAGAAAACUUUGUCAGGCGCUGACAGAAAUGUGUUGCUGAGUUAGUAAAACCUUGUUAGUAUUUAUAUCAACUGAACUGGAUAAAACGCGUGGAGGACCAUUGCAAAGAGAUCAAAAAUCUGCCGCUUUUUCUCUGUACCCAGACGUCGCUCUCGCUAUGUAUUUUUGCGCAAAGGACAGUGGGAAGGUGAAUGUUGUCCACCCCUCUCCCGUGAUGCCUUGCUAUGUUCAAACUGAUUGCCUAAUAACCUUACUGAUGGCCGGACAGGAUCACCGGGGUACUCCAGUAACUUUGAGCUGCAUUUGAUAAUCAAAUGAUCUUUAAAACUAAUGAGCUCAUGUUUUAUUACCUCUAGAUUAUAUUCACCAACUUCAAAAUAAAAUUCCUCAAGAGCAUACUAAAGCCCAGUUAGCACUCAGAUCUGGAAAUAAAAGUGAGGCUCAGCUUUGCUUAACCAAGAAGAAGUUAAUGGAAAACGAGGUAAAAUUCGUUGCUUGCAUAGAAUUUACUUUGACAACUUUUGUUGUUAUGGAAGAAUUUUAGAUGGUUCGUUUUCGGACUUUGGUCACAGUCGCAGUCAACCCUUCAGGACAACUCGGAUUAAUAUUAAUCGGAUUAAUAUUAAUCCUAAUGAUUAUUAUAAUCCAGUAAUAGAUUAUUAUAAUCCAGUAAUAGAUUAUUAUGAUCCAGUAAUAGAUUAUUAUAAUCCAUUACUGAGGUUUGAGCCGUCCCUUGAUCAAUUAGGAUUACUAUUAAUCUUAUGUAGGAUUAAUAUUAAUCAGAUUAAUAUUAAUCCUAAUAUUAGAUCCAGUAAUAGAUUAUUAUAAUCCAUAACUGAGUUUGAGCCGUACCUUAAACGAUUAGGAUUAAUAUUAAUCUGAUAAAUAUAAUCCCACAGCUCAAAUCUGUACAAGUCUCUCAAUAAAGAAAAUAUUCUAUUCUAACCACGACGAAUUUGCUACUUGUGCUAGUAGUUUGUGAACAAAACUCUUAAUUACAUUCAGUCAAUAACCGCACUCCUUAUUAUACGUUAUUAUAUUUCAGUAGCAGAAGUCGGCAGUUGUCUCAGCUCUGCUAGUAAUACAGUUGUAACUGAAUUUUUUGUAAAAACACAUGCCCACCGCACGGAUUCGCCGGCCCAGUGGCGCUUGUUCCUUUUCAUUUACUUCUAGGCUCAACAUCGCUACCAGCUCUAACAUAUGCAAGUGAUCGUGUGACUGAUGUGAUCAGUGUUAUGUGCCGUCAGUCCCUUGUUCAGCGUGUAAUGUCUGCAGUUUGUCUGUCAUAGCUCUGAUCUGGAUUAUAAUAGAGAUUAAUAUUAAUCCGGAUGAUUAUUAUUAAUAAUAAUCUAAUCCUUCCAAUUUUUGCCGUGCCUUAAUCUAUUACUGGAUUAUAAUAAUCUAUUGCUGGAUUAUAAUAAUCUAUUAUUGGAUUAUAAUAAUCUAUUACCAGUUUAUAAUAACCUUAUUAUAAUCUAUUAUUAUUAUAAUCCACGGAUUAAUAUUAAUCCGAGUUGUCCUGACCCUUAACCUUUAUUUUGGGGAACGCAAAAGUCAGUAGCUGGUAAACUUUUAUGAAAAAAAAAUAUAUCAUUGGUAACCUGUAUGUUCAUAUUGCAAUAAUUUAAGUUCCCAAUUCUCUACGAUGAUCGCAAAGUGCAGGUCCUUUUGACAGAUAAUCGCUAUGAUCGUUAUGUUUUCUUUAUUUUUCAGGUUUCAUCUAUCAAGUCGCAACUUGGGAUACGCUAGGAUCGUCUGACUAUUAGUAAAUUUGCUACAAAACUUUAAUUCCUCGGUUUCGUUCUUCCCCGGGCUGUCAAACUUUCCUAGACCGCGCCGGGUGCAGACUACUGACACUAAAGACAGUAAAAAAUUGAAUCGCAAUUAAGUUUGUAUCGGGUGUUACCUGGCUCGUCCCCAGUCUAUUUGGAUGUGCGAAUUGCAGGCGAAGGACGGAACGCGUAGCCUGCGUAGCUGGCGGUUUUGUUUGUCGAGCGC